CGCGUGUCGAUGAAAACUAUAAAAGGAGAAAUGGUUCCUCAGAAUUUGGCACUUUUAGCAGCCUUUAAGCUGGAAUCAAAACACUUCGAAGCCCUUCCGGCUUUUCAUGCCCUUUGAGCUCUUUUUGUCUGUCAAAUGCUCUUCAGGCUAAUUUGGUCUAAAAUAACGAUCCGUUCGCCAUGUAGAUCAAUAGCCUGAAACUACAUCAGAAGUCAGUCACAGUUGGAGAAUGCGGACAGGAGGGGUGGAGUUCCCUGCGUUUACUUUUCAAAGCUCUUCUGGCUCAGAUAUAGCAGAAGCUCACUCUUUCCCCGAAAACCAGAAGCGCAGGCGCUGAAGCGUCCUGACUCCUGACACGCGGUCCUGAUUGAGUAAAGUCCCUCAUCUCUCUGCUGCAGCCUUUAAUUGAACUUUACAUGCUGUUGCUUGCUCGUCGGGCAGCAUCUGGGAGCUUUGUCUGGACCGCGCACUGCGCUCAGGUUCUCCACCCUCUACUCAUUUGGUUCUGAAGGACUCACGCGACCAGUGGAGCUGGACCAGGCUUUCCUGCAGAUAUGGAGGGAGACGUUAUGGAAAAAGUCGAAGCCACAGCCACAGUCGCUGACUUUGACCCCGACAGUGGAAGCAUUCCGGCCACCAAAGUGGAAAUCACAGUGUCCUGCAGGAACCUUCUGGACAGAGACACUUUCUCCAAAUCGGAUCCCAUGGUGGUGCUGUACACCCAGGGUGUGGAAUCCAAACAGUGGAGAGAGUUUGGCAGAACAGAGGUGAUAAAAAACACACUGAACCCAGACUUUGUCAGGAAGUACAUCCUGGACUACUUCUUUGAGGAGAAGCAGAAUCUGCGCUUUGACGUAUAUGAUAUUGAUUCUAAAAGUCCAGAUCUGGGAAAACAUCCCACCGACUUGAACGAUUUCCUGGGUCAGGUUUACUGCACACUGGGAGAGAUUGUGGGCUCACCUGCCAGUCGUUUGGAGAAACCGCUUGGAGGCAUACCUGGGAAGACCUGCGGAACCAUAAUCCUGUCUGCGGAAGAGCUGGGAAACUGCAGAGAUUACGCCACCAUGCAGUUUUGUGCAAACAAGCUGGACAAGAAGGACUUUUUUGGAAAGUCCGAUCCCUUUAUGGUUUUCUAUAGAAGCAACGAGGAUGGAACGUUCACUAUCUGUCACAAAACAGAAGUGGUGAAGAACACUCUGAACCCAAUGUGGCAGCCCUUCUCCAUUCCUGUCAGGGCACUUUGCAAUGGAGACUAUGACCGGACGAUCAAGGUGGAAGUCUAUGACUGGGACAGAGAUGGAAGCCACGAUUUCAUCGGUGAAUUCUCCACAAGCUACAAAGAGCUGUGCCGGGGUCAGAGUGAGUCUAAUGUGUACGAGGUGGUGAACGCAAAGAAGAAACUAAAGAAAAAGAGAUACAUCAACUCUGGGACGGUGUCCCUGCUGUCAUUUAGCGUGGAGUCUGAGCACACCUUCCUCGAUUACAUUAAAGGCGGAACUCAGAUUCACUUCACAGUGGCCAUUGAUUUCACUGCAUCAAAUGGAAAUCCGUCACAAUCCACUUCUCUGCACUACAUGAACCCAUAUCAGAUGAACGCCUAUGCCAUGGCCCUGAAGGCUGUCGGAGAGAUCAUUCAGGACUAUGACAGUGAUAAGAUGUUUCCAGCCCUGGGAUUUGGUGCUAAACUGCCACCUGAUGGAAGGGUGUCUCACGAGUUUCCAUUGAAUGGCAACGUUGAGAACCCGUACUGUAACGGCAUGGAGGGGAUCCUUGAAGCUUACCAUCAAAGCCUUAAGUUAGUUCAGCUGUAUGGACCCACCAACUUUGCUCCUGUCGUAAAUCAUGUGGCCAGGUAUGCGGCUGCAGUGGAGGAUGGAUCUCAAUACUUUAUCCUGCUCAUCAUCACUGAUGGAGUAAUAUCAGACAUGGCUCAGACCAAGGAGGCCAUAGUGAAUGCAGCUAAACUUCCUAUGUCGAUCAUCAUUGUUGGCGUCGGCCAAGCUGAGUUUGAUGCAAUGGUUGAGCUGGAUGGGGACGACGUCAGAAUUUCCUCACGGGGAAAGUUAGCAGAGAGAGACAUAGUACAGUUUGUACCGUUCAGAGACUACAUGGACCGCACAGGUAACCACGUGCUGAGCAUGGCACGGCUGGCAAAAGACGUUCUGGCUGAGAUCCCUGACCAGCUGAUCUCCUACAUGAAGAGCAGAGCCAUCAAACCCAACCCCGUCCCUCCACCUUACUCAACCUGCAACAACCCAGAGACCACCCCCCUCUGAGUCCCAUCUCCACACAGCUUUGGAAGCAACGUCUGUUCUUUGAAGGGCAAAAGGAAGCUCUGUCUCUGCCCAUUGGGGAAGUGAGUUCUGGCAGAUCCAGAAAGGAUCCAUUUGGGUUUAAACAGACAGACUGCUGUGAAACCUGAUGAUGGAUAGUUUUUUUCUGUUCCAUGAGAGUUUAAGGAGGAGAGCUCAGAAAAGAGAUGAGAUGAAGGUAGAUGGUAAUUGCUCUCUGAACUGUCAGAGAUUUAAUGGAUAGCAGCAAUGGAGGAUGGCCUGAUUAAAGGCGUAAAUAUAUUAGGAUGUUGCAUUCUGUAUGAUUUGUUGCACCUUUUUGUUUAACUAGAACAUUUCGUGCAUACUAGUUUAUUUAAAUAGUCUUACCCUGCAGUUUUACAUCUUAUAUUUUGUGCCAUGUGUAAACUGUCCCCAUUUCUACUUUGAUAAGUGUGAUAUAUAAGCAUGUAACUGACCUGUCCAACAAACUCAUUUUCACUCAUGGAAACGUUUGAGUGUAAGCCGCAGUGUAGGUGAGUGCCAUACUGAGUUUUCUUAUCAGGAUUCAUAGGAACAAAAUGCACUAAUCACUGUACAAAAAAUAAAAAAGCACAGUGGUCAUGACCUUGAUAAACUCAAAACCCUGUUUUUUAAAAAGCCCAACUAAAAUGAAAAAUCUGGAAUGGACAAGAUAGUUUCUUCAACAUGGCUUUAACUCGCUUUUUUUAAUCAGGAAGAAAUGUUUACACAAAAUAUACUAAAGUUAUUUGCUAAGGAUGAUUGUACUUGUCAGAAAUUAGAAAAAAAAAAACAGCUUUGUUUACAUAAAAACAGAAAUAUAAAAAAAUACAGUUCUUUUUCAUUGUGAAAAUAAAACCCAGGAGGUAUAUUGUGGUUACAAGAGAUGCAUACAUGAUUUUAAUGUACCGUACAUUGUUGUUGGGUUCUUUCUUUAUCCCUUCUUGUUUGUUUAUAUUUAUUAUUUUAAGUUAAGCAUAUGUCAGUAAACCUGUACAUUUGACAAAGUUAAAAGUAAUAUUAUUUGUUAUAAAAUGUUUCAUUUUAAAUAUAAAACUUUUUGGGGCUUUGUUCCAUAAUAAUGGCAAAAGUAAAUUUUUUAUUACAUAAUUUAUUUAUUUGUAAAUGCUUAUUUACUUGUAUAGUUGUUAAUUUUAGGUAAACUGGGGCAAAACUAAAUUAUGCACUAAACUAUUUGUUUGAAGUUUACACAAAAAUAAUAAGUUUGUUGCGUAUUUUAUUUUUAUUGAUCAGAUCCUAAAAUGCUUUUAACGGUAAAAACAUCUAUUUUUUGACUGACUUGAAUUCUGUCCAACUCACUGGAAUCUUUUUUAUUUUACAGUUUAGUAUUUGCGCAUUUCUUUAGUCCUUCAUUUGAGACAGAGCAAACAUCUGGUGUCAUCUCAACACAACAAACAAUCUCAUCACAAGCUUCUCUCAUUCAAGCCACUCAAUUCUCAAUCCAGCAGUGCCUACUGUAUUGAAACAUAUCCAAAUUCAGUUUGCAGGUCUCAUGUUCUAAAUUAUGCGAGUGUCUCCAGAUUUGGGCCGUCGCAGCAACUGCAGUUUAUGCAGCAGUCUGUCUGCACCGCUGUCGUUUUACCACCAUACUUUUUAUAAACAUUCACCUACACCUUUUCAAAUGAUGACAGCUCAACGUGUCACCGAGCCUUUUUGAAAAGCAUAUAAGGUCAAGACUUGUUUACAAUUCAGCUGCGGUUGGUUACAUUGUCUCCAGGAUAUGUUUUUUUUAUUUUUAUUAGUUUUUUAAUAUUUUGUUUCUGUGAAUUUUAUGUUGAUUGUUUUCAUUUUAUGAGUUGAUUAACUUUGUUUGUAUUUUUUAGUGCAUAUUUUACACUUCCAUUAAAUGUGGUAAUGCAAAGGUCACAGAGAGUUCUGCAGAGAACCUGUCCAAAGGUACUGAACAUGCAGACCCUCUCAGAACCCUUUUUGUAGUUAGAAAUGUCAUCAACAAAUACAUCUCUGGUAUAGAGGACAAGAUUUGUUUUUCUGUCAGCAGAACUAUUCUGCGUUUAGAUGGAAGCUCUCAAGCUUAGUUGGGUAAUGCUUCGAAAUUCAAAUGUACCCAUAAAAAAAGCCAUUCAUUUUAAGAGAAUAUAUAAUUUUUCUCUAAAUAGAUGCUAGUGUUUAGGUGAAUUACUUACUUUUUAUCAUUCAGUUACGUUUUUGCACUUUGCUUUUUAGCUGGUGUGAAUUCAACUUGAUCUAUGGCUUUUAGUUUGUCUGCAUGAAAAAAGCAAAUCUAGAAAAAAAGGAACGCUUUGACAAAGGAUCAAUUCCAAAAAACAGCUUUUACCACCCAUUCUUCUAAGGUUCAGAAAAAUGAUUUUAUUUUUCUUUAAGAUUUUUGGUUUGCUACAUCCUCAUAGGGUGACAAAAACAUUUUUAUGGACACAUAAUGGAACUUAUGCAAUUGCAAAACAGGAGAAUAAUUUGUAUUUUUAGCAGCAGAAUGGUUUAUUUUUUUCUAGUGUAAAUGAAUUUGAUUUCAAAUGAGCCUGAACUCUAAAUAUGUACAUACGUAUGACGAAUGUUCAGGGCCAACAUGUGUUCAGCUGUUUAUCUUUAGCCUUUAUAGACUAUGUGCAUGUUUGUGCCAAAACACCAGAGGUCAGGUAGUUUGAUUUCUCCAGAUUAGUGCAUCUGCCACAUGCUUCAGUUUUAGCUAGGGUGGAAUUUGGAGUUAACUGCCACUUUGAGCAUGUUUCAUCUCUGCAUUUCUUUCCAUUCUGUUCCUAAGAGACACAAACUGUAUGGGUUCGUAUUGCUACUGCUCCUGUUUUAUCCCAGGUUGUUUACAUACCUCUCUUGGACUCUGACUUGCAUGCUGAAUAAUUUCCAAACCAAGGGUUGGACCCGAUAUUGUCCUCUUAACUGUGGUUUGUGAAAUGCUAUGUAAUGGAUUGCCUUAAUUGAUGAUUAAUAAAAUAUUGAUUACUUUGGCAGAAUUCAAA